AGCAUGUAAACUACUCUAGUUCCUUGAUCACAUUUUCUUUUUGUUGAUUGUUCUGUCGUUGUGGUUGAGGUUAGCUUCCUUUUCCUCGGCUCCUCGUGUCUCGUGUCAACAGUUUGGAGUCGUUGAUCGUCUGAAUAAGUUAUAUUAACGAUACGACCAUGGCAGAUGUUGAAGUUAAAACUGAGAAUGUUGGCGACGGUGAUGAUGCUAAAGAAAAAACGAAUGGUGUUGACAGUGAGGUUUGCAAGAAAACAACGUCAUUAACCGGAGAAGAGUUAGAGAAAAGGAUAGUUCGACAAAUCGAGCACUAUUUUGGUGACUACAAUCUUCCUCGAGAUAAAUUCCUGCAACAAGAAAUCAAGGUCGACGAUGGCUGGAUACCAGUUGAGACACUCAUCAAAUUCAACAGACUCGCCAAGUUGUCAACCAAUAUUCCUUUUAUUGCUGAGUGUGUUGCAAAGUCGUCGUCCGAACUAAUCGAGGUUAAUGAAGAGAAGACCAAAAUCAGACGCAAUUCAAGUAAAGUUCUGCCAGAGAUGAAUGAAGCUCGUAGAACUGAAAUAGUAAAACGGACAUUAUACAUAAAAGGAUUUCCAAGUGACUGUCAGCUAGAUGAAGUAGAAGAUUUCCUUGCUCAAUAUGGAACAGUCGAUAAUAUUGUGAUGAGAAGAUACCAAGACAAGGCAACAAAGCAAUGGAUUUUCAAAGGAUCAGUAUUUGCUGUAUUCCCGAACGUUGAGGAAGGUCAAAAAGUUCUUGACUUGAAAACUCUGAAGUAUAAUGAUCAGGAGCUCAUUAUGAAGUGGCAGACUCAGUACAUCAACGACCAACGGAAUGAGAGGCUAGCUAAGAAAAUGGAAGAAAAGUGUAAAAAGAGAAGCAAGCGAGAUGAAGGUGGAGAGGAUGAGGAUAGCAAAAAUGACAGGGAUGAAUUGGCCAAGGGGUCGGUUCUGCAUAUUUCCGACUGCCCUGACCAACUCACCCGUGAAGAUAUCAAGGCCAAGAUUGAAGAAUUCGGUUUCGCAAUUGCAUUCAUCGAUUAUGCCAAAGGAAAUCCAGAAGGACACAUUAGGUUACAAGAAUCUGGCGUUGCCAAACAGGUGAUAGAAAAGUUGGAAGACGACAAAUUGGAGUUUCAUGGGAAAAAGGUCAGCUUCCGGGCUCUUGAGGGCGAUGAAGAAGUAGAAUUCCUGAAUAAAGUCAAGUCUGAAAUGGCGAGGAAAAGGAACUUCUCGAAGAACCAGCACAGGCGACGAGGGGGUGGCAGGCGAGACGGUGGCGGCUCCUACUUCCAUAGGAAACGAAGGGGAAGUCCGAAUAAGGACGAUCACAGCUCGCCACAGAAGAAAGUUAAAGUGGAGUCUUCAUGAGCACUUUCCAUCUUUUACGAAUCCAAUGUCAAAAAUCAUCCCAUAUAUUCUGCAAAGGACUGAUCAGGAUUCCGCUGUUGAUAUUGAUUACAUUACCUUCAUGAUAUUUAUUUCUAUGUACUUUAGGCUAAUUCCGUGCUAUUUAUCAUUUGUUUGUUGUGCGUUUUUCUUCUUAUUUUAUAAAAAAUAUCCAGUGAUGAGCUCGUAAACAAUGACUUGAAAUGAAGUUUCUCAAAACCUCAAAAAUUCCUUUGAGGUUGUUGUACUGUUAACUUAUUGUAUUAUUCAUUAUACUGGUUGGGAAGUCAGUAGUUCAUAUUUAUUAGACCAAGUUCUCAUUGAAAUGUCGUGUUCAGUCCAAGUGUCUAGCUAUCAGGUGUUCAAUUUCUGGAGUGGCGAAAACUCUUGAGAAGUUACUUCUAAUUCAAAUUUAUGUUAUCUUGUAAUUGAGAUUACCUUUAUUCUAGAAUUCUAUAAUUUCUUAUAAAAAGCUACUAGAUUGUGUUAUCUUACUAGAUACCUAAAACAGAUUGUAAUGUAGCAAAAGUUGUCAUUAUUUUAUCCAUGCAGGACAAACUUUAUGAUUAAUCUCUGUCCUCUUUAACUGAGAGAAUAUUUUAUUGUUCAAUGAUAGUUGAGCUAUAAAGUUGUUGAUCAACGCUGUACCAAUAUUUUUGUAUUGUGUUUUUCUUGUAUUUCAUUAUGUGAUUCAUUCAAAAACUGUUGAGUUGAAAAAGAAUAAUAUAUUGAUUUGAUUUUAAAUUA